AUGGCACCUCUUCCUGGUUUCACCGGCAAUCCCUUCCGUAGCCGCGCCGACAUGGUCGGAGCGGCCUCGGCCCUCAUCAAUCCGCUGCACCCCCAUAAAUCUGCUUCUGGCGCCCGUAUCCGGCUCCCGAUUGAGACAGCCGCUGGCUUCGACGAUGUCGCGGCGCAAUUGGAAGGCUUUGCCAGGCCUCUGUUCGCUGUCGCUCCACUCUUGAUGACGGAGGCGACGGCACGAGAAGAUCCGAAGCUCUUGACCUGGGUCCGUGGCCUCAGUAAUGGUGUUGAUCCCUUGCAUCCCGAUUAUUGGGGCGACAUCGGUCACGUCGACCAGCGCAUGGUCGAGACAGAGAGCAUCUCCUUCACUUUACUGUCGAACCCAGACAUCGUAUUGAACGCCAUGAGCGAAACGGCACUCAACAAUCUAGUUGCCUGGCUCAGCGGAAUGAACGGGAAGCGCAUGCCCGAGAACAACUGGCGCUGGUUCCGCGUCCUGAGCAACCUGGCAUUGACCAAAGUGCUGGGUGUACCCGCAAGCGACGUGCAAGCCCAGGUCGACGAAGACUUCGCCAUGCUGGAUUCAUUUUACGUCGGCGAGGGAUGGAGCAGCGAUAGCCUCUGGAGCGAUGGCCGAGCGCAGGCCGACUACUACUCGGGCAGCUUCGCCAUGCAGUUCGCGCCGCUGCUGUACGUGUACUUUGUCGGUGGUGACGGCGAGAGGGUGACGCGAUACCGGCGGCACGCAAACCAGUUCGCGACCAAGUACUGGCGAUAUUUCGAUCGUGACGGCGCCGCUAUCCCCUUUGGGCGCAGCAUGACAUAUCGCUUCGCCAUGGCGGCGUUCUGGGCUGUCGCUGCCCUCGUGAAGCUCGACGCCCUCAGCAUGCCAGUCAUAAAAGGCCUUCUUCUUCGUCAUCUUCGGUGGUGGGCAGCGCCAGAGCGUGCUACCAUGUUCCACACGAAUGGCUGUUUGAGUAUCGGCUUUCUCUACCCCAACAUGUACAUGAGCGAGGACUACAACUCUCCUCAGUCAGUGUACUGGUGUCUGAAGUCGUUCGUUGUUCUCGCGCUCGGAGCAGGAGACGAAUUCUGGCAUUGCGAGGAAGGGGUUCACCCCGCCGACCUUCCAUCACCCGCCUUCCAGCCUGCUGAGGUGAUCUGGCCCCCUCGUCAAAUCCUUGUCAACGAUAGUGUCCAUCACUACUUGCUGUCAUCAGGCCAAGGGACUGUGAAACCUUUCAAAGCACGGGAAGCCAAGUACGGCAAGCUUGCAUAUUCGUCUACCUUUGGUUUCAGCGUGCCGACGGGGACGUUGCUCCAUCAGCUUGCCCCGGAUAGCACGCUUGCUGUUUCCAUCGAUAAUGGUGAAUCUUGGAGCCUCAGACAGAGUCCUUCCGAUGUUGGGCUUGUGCAGGUCAAAACCCGCGAUGAGACUUCAUCUGGCAUCACGAGCCGUUGGAGGCCGUGGAGCUAUCUUGAUAUCGUUAUCGACACUACACUCAUCAGCAGCCCGGUGACCUUCCCCGGAUGGCAUUUCAGAAUCCACAAGCUCAACUAUUCUUCUCUGCCAAGCUGGACGCCGUCCCUUCAGGUAGUGGACGGCGGGUUUGCCAUCGCCUCAACGACUGAGAAGGGAUUGUUCUUUCCUGAAGCUACCCAGGUCGACUUUGAUGGCACAGAGUGUUAUUCCGUUUCUGCGAAGGAACGGAGAUCUCUAGUUGUGUCGAGGAAAAGUGCAAGUGGUAUCGCGGACCUAUCUAGUGCGUCGAUUGCCGAACAACUUUCAACCAGUGCAUUAGUCCUUCGUCCAGACCCAAACACAAAUCUGAUGGCAUCGCGAACGCAGAUACCAACGCUCAGGCGCGAGUUCCCGCCACAGCUUGGGAAUGCCGAUAUGGUCAUAGUCACGGGUGUGUUCGCCACUAGUCAUCCCUGCCGUCAGGAGGCAGUACGUUCAUGGAACGCACCGCCGACAGAAUUCCUUUUCUCAGGCGGCGUCUGGACUUUGACGUGA